AUGUCCAACACCAACCAGUCACGCUGCAUGCGUCCCGGGAAGGAAAACUCAUUCCUGUUGAGACUGGAGAAACUGGUCGCCGGACAGGAGGGAACCCUGGAGAUGGUGCAGAAGCGUUGGCGUACUGGGCUAGAGAAGGGAAAUCGGAUUGCAUCGUUCUUGGGCGUGAAUCGAUUGGUGAGCGCAGGGCCAUGUGCGGAUGGAGCGAGUACGGCGAUUGUGGGCCUGAAGGCUCGCCUUGAAGCCGCUGUUGUGAGGGACCCACGAAUGGUGGCGAUGAAAUCGGGGGAUGGAGUGGCCCGGUGUGUAAACUCGUUCCUGGUUUUGAUAUGGAGCUGGUUGGUUGUUGAAUUGAAGUGGAGGUGGGAUGCCAGUUGA